CCUCAUGCUAGUUUGCUACUUGUCAGUUCUUCCUGAUUGCGUCAACUUCAGCACUAUAUUCCGUGAAUGGACUGGACUUUGCGAGCAUGGUAACGGUCACAGAUAUCUUCGGGCCGCAACAGCCUGGUAUCGACCUAAGCGACAACCAGACUCCCCAGAUAAAUGCAACAGUUAUUGCCCUAUAUACCAUCGCCGUUGUCUCUGUGAUACUUCGAUUUGUUACGCGGAUUAAAGUCCAAAAGAUUAAAUUAGGGAUUGACGACUGGUUGAUUGCAGCGUCUCUUAUUCUGUUCGCUUAUAUCUUCAUCUAUCUAGUUCUACUUCCAUCCAUCAGAGUUUCGAUUAUCCUCCUCUAUCGUCGAAUCUUUGGAAUGAACUGGAUGAUGUGGGUCUGCCUGGCCCUCAGUAUCGGUCAUGGUGCUUGCUGCAUGAUUGCCUUCUCCUGCUCUUGCAAGCCGCUGUCAUACUUCUAUACGCAGUUUGCUGAUCCGUCGGGAGGAAAGUGCAUCAUUAAUCUGUAUGCAUUCUACCUUGGCAACGCGACAAUAAAUGUCUUCACAGAUGUUGCCACAUUGCUUGUUCCGAUUCCGAUUAUCUCUAGACUCCAAAUUCGCCCGGUGCAUAAGAUGCUGAUCUGUGGUAUCUUCCUCUUAGGUGGCUUCUCAGAUGUCUCUAUCGGAAGUAUGGUUCGUAUUUAUUACUUGACUUUACUCGCGACGAACCACGACACCAACUGGGUCAUGGGCGACGUAUACUUAUGGUCUACCAUUGAGCCCUGCAUCGGCAUUGUUUGCGCAUGUCUGUCCACACUUAACGUGCUGGUCCGAAGAACCACGAAGCUUGUUCUCGGGUCCAAUGCCGAAGGACUAUUGGGCAGUUUUUCGCUAUCAGCUUCUAGAAGGAAAUGCCGAGAUAUAUUGCAGAGUAAAAGACGUUCGUUCCAACAGCUAGACGCGCAUGAGGGCAGUCGGAAUGCCCAAUUGUGUCGGGAGGACGAGAUAAUACUGACGAGCGUUUCGGCUCACAGAAAGGCAGUAUAUGAGAAGUUGAGGGCUGAAGAUGCCAUACAUACUGUCUGA